UCACCAUAAGUUAGAGAGUAAUCGUGAGAGAAAGAGAGUGCUCUCGGAAAUCUCCGGUGAAGUGACGGCCGCUCCUAAAGCUGACGAUGCCUUCGCGACACACUAGACUUUCGGGCGGACGACUAUGGGAUUUUCCGUCAAACGCUGGUCCAAGCAACAUGUACGGGAAUAGUGGUGAUAGUUCUGACGAUUCUGUGAUUCCGUCGGAACAUGUGAGACGGAUGUUGGAAGGAUCGGAAUCGGAGUCUUUCAUGGCUACGAGUCCUUCGGUGACUUCGGUUGAAUCCAUUUCCACGAGGGAGAUGGUAGGUUCGGAUAGUUCGUUUGAGACGGAUCCAUCGGAAGAUCCUGAGGAGUUUGAGGAUAUCGUCGAGACGAGUGUGGAGUCUGACGAAGUUGUGCCCUUAGUGGAUUUGGGAGGAAACCUUGGAAGUGUUCCGGUUUCGGAUUUUGUGGUACUUUCUGACGAUUCCGUGGAGGAUUUUUCGGACGAGUUUGAGGAGCCUGAGGAACAGAUGGCGACUGGUUUUCUCUUCGGAGAUAGCGACAUUGAUGAGCCGAUGUGGGAAGGCCCUGAUGGAGUUCUGUACGAGUUCAACUCGGAUGAUUCGUGGCAGCCAGGAGUUCAUGCGAAUCCGUACUAUUAUCCUCCGUCGCCGGAUAGCUUGUUGACGUUGGAUUCGUUCAGCUCAAUGUCCUUGGGGACAGACUUUGGUGUUUCUGAUGCACCUUCGGAAGAUAAUGCUUCGCGCGAUUCUGACAGUAUUGUGUUUUUGCCGACGGAAUAUGGGAUUCCAAGGCAAGCCUUGGCUUACAACAUGGUGCCGCCGAGUGAAGUGUUUGCUACACCGCCUGGUCCGCCGUCUCCGGAUUUUGUUGAGCUAUCAUCGGAUGAUGAGUUAGCUGAUGCUGAAGAAUCGUGAACAGAGUUGCCAAUCCCUAACUUCGUGAAGGCUGAAUCUUUG